GCUAGAUGGCGUGAAGAGACAAUAUUUUGAUUUUUAACGAACUGUUAUUUUAAUUGUGACAGCGCAAGACUUGUAUCACAUUUUAUUGACUAUUUAGUUAUAUUAUAAACCGUACAUACAUUACACAGGAAAGAAACGAUCCUCGAUCGGUUCAACCAUAUAUUUUUUUGCUAGCCCAUCCUUGGAUUAUGGAAGGUGGCGGUGCAGGAGAAGGAGAAAUGGGUGGACCUCGAAACACUCAGCAAGCAGGAGCGAGCAAAAAGUUGCAGCAAACGCAAGCGACCGUGGACGAGGUUGUAGGUAUAAUGAAAGUUAACGUGGAGAAGGUAUUGGAGAGAGAUCAGAAGCUCUCGGAGCUUGAAAAUCGCGCUGAUGCCCUACAACAAGGCGCAACGCAGUUUGAGCAACACGCUGGAAAGUUGAAACGAAAAUAUUGGUGGAAAAAUCUCAAAAUGAUGAUUAUUAUUGGCAUCAUCUGCGUCGUCAUCUUAAUCAUCAUCAUUGCUUCGAUUGUACCAAGUUCGUCUUCGGACAGCAAUGAUAAUGCUCCAAAAUGAUAGCAUUGUACCAAAAGGGUGGAUACUGUGUUGUUCCAAUCAACCAUCCUCUCUAUUAGCAUAAGUUAUGUAUGCAUUCGGUGAAUUACGUACAGGGGGACUAAAGCGCUAGAUGAAACGUGAUUGUGAAUUAUAUAUUUAUAUGAUGUUUGUGUAAUAUUGUCACAUGCGAAACCUGGAUGAAAGAGCAUAUUUUUGAGAUUCAAUAUUAUAUCGAAAAGCACGCACAAUUAUUAGACUAACAACCAGUAUUAAUAUAUAAGAGUGGCCUUAUCUUUUUUAAAAAAAGAAAAACAAACUCCGGUGUUUUUACGAUGUUAAUCUUGUUACAACGAUGCUUAUAAAUUUAUUGAUAUAUAAUAUAUAUAAUGUUUGUAUUCUU